GAGCCGUAUUAGCCACCCAGAUUCCAACUCUUUCAAUCUCUCUGCUGUAUAUUUUUCUAAAAUAAAGAUAACAGAGAGAGAGAGAGAGAGAGGAACGGACAAGAAGAGGUUUCUGGGUGUUUUUGGUGUGAACCAGAGAUGGGUUUUCUCCCUUCUCUUCUCUGUGUUCUCGCUUUCUUUGCAUUCUCUCGCUUUAUGAGACAUGUCACUGGAAAUCCCGAGCUCAGAGCGCUCAUGGAGAUGAAGGCGUCUCUCGACCCAGGAAACAGGUUUCUUUCCUCUUGGACUAGCGACGGUCACCCGUGCAGCGGUUCUUUUGAAGGUGUUGUGUGCAACGAACAUGGAAAAGUAGCCAACAUUUCGUUGGUCGGCAAGGGGUUGUCCGGAAGGAUUCCUCCGGCGGUUGCUGGGCUCAAAUGCUUAUCGGGUCUGUACCUGCAUUUUAACUCUUUGUCUGGAGAGAUACCACGAGAAAUCUCGAAUCUCACUGAGCUAUCUGAUCUUUAUCUCAAUGUUAACAAUCUCUCUGGGAGUAUUCCUCCUGAAAUCGGAAACAUGGCUAGUCUUCAAGUUUUGCAGCUAUGCUAUAACCAGUUGACCGGAAGCGUACCAACGCAACUUGGUUCUUUGAAGAAGCUCAGCGUUCUUGCUCUUCAAUUUAAUCAUUUAUCAGGUGCCAUUCCUGCGAGUUUAGGGGAUCUGGAGAUGCUUAUGAGGUUGGAUUUGAGCUUUAAUAGACUCUUUGGUUCAAUUCCUGUAAAACUAGCUGAUAUUCCCGCGCUAGAGGUUUUAGACGUUCGCAACAACUCCCUUUCAGGCAAUGUUCCUCCUGCCUUGAAGAGACUGAAUGAGGGAUUCCAGUAUGGAAACAACUCGGACCUUUGUGGAGUUGGGUUUUCUACUUUGAGUGUUUGCAGUGCUUCAGAUCGUUUGAAUCCCAAUAGACCUGAACCCUUUGGUCCAAGCAAGAAUGGCCUUGCCACCAGGGCCAUCCCAGAGUCAGCCAACUUACCUCAACAUUGCAAUGGGACUCACUGCUCAAGUUCUUCAAGAACCUCCCAAAUUGCUGUUGUUGGUGGUGUCAUUGUAGUUGUUAUUUCACUGACAGCUACUGGUCUCUUCACGUUCAUGUGGUAUCGUCGCCGGAAACAGAAGAUUGGGAGUGCAUUUGAUAAUUCGGAUUGUCGGCUUAGCAUUGACCAAACUAAGGAGGUCUACAGGAAGAGCGCUUCCCCUCUCAUCAGUCUUGAGUACUCAAAUGGAUGGGAUCCACUGGCUGAUGGGCGAAGUGGCAGUGGGUUCUCCAAGGAAGUUCUUCAGACCUUUAGGUUUAAUUUGGAAGAAAUAGAGUAUGCAACACAGUACUUCUCUGAGAUAAACUUGUUGGGGAAAAGCAACUUCUCGGCAAUAUAUAAAGGGAUUUUAAGAAAUGGUUCUGUUGUUGCUAUCAAGAGCAUUAACAAGACCAGUUGUAAGUCUGAAGAAGCUGAGUUUUUGAAGGGAUUGAACAUAUUGGCCUCUUUGAGACAUGAAAAUCUUGUAAGGCUGAGAGGAUUUUGCUGUUCAAGAGGUAGGGGUGAGUGUUUUCUCGUAUACGACUUUGUCCAGAAUGGAAACUUGUCACGGUAUCUUGAUGUGAAGGAUGCAAAUGGCCAGGUUCUUGAAUGGCCAACUAGAGUUUCUAUCAUCAACGGCAUAGCCAAAGGUAUUGAAUACUUGCACAGCAACAAAGUGAACAAACCUGCUCUUGUUCAUCAAAACAUAUCAGCAGAGAAGGUGCUUAUUGACCAGAGGUUCAACCCUCUGAUCGCAAAUUCUGGCUUGCACAAACUCCUGGCAGAUGACAUUGUCUUCUCAGCCCUCAAGGCCAGUGCUGCCAUGGGAUAUCUAGCCCCCGAGUACACCACAACUGGCCGCUUCACGGAGAAGAGUGAUAUAUAUGCAUUUGGGAUGCUAAUAUUACAGAUUCUUUCUGGAAAGCGAAGGAUUAGUCAUUCUAUGCGUCUAGGGGCUGAAUCGUGCAAGUUCGAAGAUUUUAUGGAUGCAAAUCUUGAAGGGAAGUUCUCUGAACCUGAGGCAGCAAGGCUGGCAAGAAUUGCACUACUUUGCACCCAUGAAUCUUCUAACCAACGACCCAACAUGGAUACAGUGGUUCAAGAACUCGGUAAGAUCCGCAGUGGUUCAUGAAGCCUACUGCUCGGAUGUCUUGAACUUGAAUCCUUGCCUGUAUAAAUGUUUCCCAAUUGGGGGUGCAAGUUUGACAAAGAGAGAUGAAGCCAUCUAACCAUGCUUUGUCCUUCACCGAGGACAAAUGUUGUGAAUGUUAAAUGUGAUUUUGCUCCUUUAAUUUGGAGGUAGAAAUUGAAGGCCAUUACCCUCCUUUUUAUCUGUAUGUCAGUAUCAAUUGAUCUACCUUUCUUUCAUUUCUAAAUUGAAUCUCUCAACCAGGAAAUUAAGAUA